AGGGCCCCUUCGGCUCUGGACGCGGGUCUGCUGGUUGGGUCCGCGGCAGUGGGCCCUUCUGCUGGUCUGUGAAGGUCCAUUAGGUGGAUACUUCAUGACCACUUUGAUCGUUCACGGGUGGAAACAGUGUCUAAUCUGUAGCUUUUACAAAUGACGCUGUGCCGAAUUACUUUGCUUGUACCUUGGGUUUUUGGAUAAAUUCCUAGUAUUGAUUGGGACUUUAGGUCUAAAAGUAUUUAACGUUUUAAUGGCCUUCUUCACGUAAGGUCGUGCAGUUAGAACUGCCGGGUAGGUGACUACACCCAGUAACUGCCCUUUCUGGAAUGCCACUCAGUCCAUCCCAGGGCCCUGCACAUGCUAGGCAGGCACUCUGAUCCUUACAUGGGAAUUGAGCUUACAUAUGGGAAAAUCUUAAGGUCCGUAGUUGUUAGGAUAUGAACUUAGAUGCUUUGUAAUGGGGGGAUAUUCAAGUAAAUAAUGGUAAAUUCAUCUGAUACAUAUUGAAAGGUUAAUAAAGAGAUUUUCGUCAAGGGUAACGUUACUGAGCUCUUGUUCUGUACAGGCCCUCUUCUGGUGCUGGGGAUAGAGCAGGUACCAGGACAGACGCUUGCUUCUGUAGAGCCAGUUCUUAUUACCGAGAUUAUCUGCAAGACUGGCUGCCAUUAAACCAACCUUUGCCACCAUUGGUUUUAACACAGAAGUUGUAGGGCUUCCUAUGAGAAGCAGACUAUUUGCCCAGACUUGCAGUUGGGAAUUUCUUUUGCCAUUAGAUUUUAGAUUCUUGGUGAGAUGUCCAGAAGGCUCUAGAAGCCAAGACUGUUGUCUCAGGAGGCCUCCAGGGUUUCUGCAGCUGCAGUGCCUCUUGCCCUGAACUUCAGUAUUACAAGUGGACGAAGGGCCAUCUCACUGUCUGUGGGUGCUUCAGGCAUCUUUGGAAGUGGAGGCAACAGUGAGAAAGAGAAACUGUCCCUGCAGGACAUCGCUGAGCUGAUCCGGGUUCGAGCCUGUCAGAAGGUGGUGGUCAUGGUGGGGGCUGGCAUCAGCACACCCAGCGGCAUUCCAGAUUUCAGAUCUCCAGGGAGCGGCCUCUAUAGCAACCUCCAGCAGUACAACAUCCCAUACCCCGAAGCCAUUUUUGAACUGGAAUUUUUUUUCCACAACCCCAAGCCCUUUUUCACCUUAGCCAAGGAGCUGUACCCUGGAAACUAUAGGCCCAAUGCCACUCACUACUUUCUCCGAUUGCUUCAUGACAAGGGACUGCUUCUGCGUCUCUACACACAGAACAUCGAUGGACUUGAGAGAGUGUCUGGCAUCCCCACUUCGAAGCUAGUUGAAGCUCAUGGGACCUUUGCUUCGGCCACCUGCACAGUCUGCCGAAGACCCUGCCCUGGGGAGGACUUCUGGGCCGACGUGAUGGCCGACAGGGUGCCCUGCUGCCCAGUCUGCACUGGCAUUGUGAAGCCUGAUAUUGUGUUCUUUGGGGAGCCACUACCCCAGAGGUUCUUGCUACAUGUGGUUGAUUUCCCCAUGGCAGAUCUGCUGCUCAUCCUAGGCACCUCCCUGGAGGUGGAGCCUUUUGCCAGCUUGUCUGAGGCUGUGGGGAGCUCAGUGCCCCGGCUGCUCAUCAACCGGGACUUGGUGGGACCCUUUACUUGGCGACCUCGCAGAAGGGAUGUGGCUCAGCUGGGGGAUGUGAUUCACAGUGUAGAAAGGCUGGUGGAACUUCUGGGCUGGACAGAAGAAAUGCAGGACCUUGUCCAGCGGGAGACUGGGAAGCUGGAUGGACGGGACAGAUAGGAGGGUGAUGGUUGCCGCAUGCAUGAGCAAUGGCAACAGGAGAGACUCACACCUCAUUUCUAGUGAGACCAUAUGCUUGCAGACAGCUUGGUAGGUUUACAAAAUUUGGCCAAACCAGGAUACGUGACCUGCAGACACAGUGGACAUCUGAGGCUGCCCUCAGACUGUACUGCAGGUAGGGUGGUGUUUAUACUCAGUAACACCCAGUCACAGAUGGAAAGGAACUGCAUGGCCUGUUUGCUGUGUCCAGUUCUUCACCGGUAGAACUGUUUGCUGUGUCCAGUUCUUCACUUAAUACAAAAAGCUUUCUUCUGAUGGUGACCUUCUUGAACUGACAGACAACUGGAAUCUCAGACCUGAUUUGCUUUUACAGUGCCUAGAGCUUAGCAGCCCUCCCGGGGCCCUGGUGAUGUACCGGGUCUUCUAGCAUGUUGGUAUUUGCAGUAGGGUUAUUUUUAAUUAGAGAAAGUCUGGAGCAUGAAAUAAAUUUUAGUAUUUAAACAA